AUGAAGGCAGUUUGCGACACGAUGGAUGUACUGGAAAUAUUCACUAUAUCGCGUGCAUCUGAAAGAGCUGAGAGAGUCCUCAAACUGUUCCUGUCUCGUCGAAAUAUUGAAUUAACUGCUCUAUUUGCAGAGACGUUUAUUUUGGAGGGGCAUAAUCGGAAACACACAGAAAAUAUUGCGGAAUUUGUUACUUUUUUCAAGAUUUGCAAAGUCUCACUCGUCUUUGAAAGACCCCAGUUGGCAAGUGCAGUUAUUCAACUCAUUAGAAGUUUCGAUUUGACCAUUGACUCAUUUGAUUUGAAUCUGGAAAACGGAUAUAAAGAGCAAUAUCAUGAGAUGAUAGAGCUCUCUAGAGAAGCAAAAAACUUGGACAUCAUUUCUGAUCCUACGAAGAAGUUCCGAUUGUCCAUUUCUGCGAAUCCUUCCCAGUUUAACUCGUUAAGACUGGUCCAUGCAAAAUGGGUGACACGAUAUUAUUUGACUAACUUAUUUAUUAAUUGCAAAGAGUUAUAUAUGGAAAACUGCCAGUUGAAAUAUUCUGAUUACCUGAUGUUUUUUAAACAAUGGAUUAAAGAGUCUCGACUGGAAGUUGCAAAGAUAAAGAUGAAAGAACAGCGAAACUUUUCGGCAUUGUUCAAACAGUUGAAAGCAACACCGGUGAACAGAAGACUCGAUAUUCCAGAUUGUUUUUGCUAUAUGAUUCAACAGGAGAUCACUUGGAUCCGAGCGAUUGUGCUUUUCACCCCGCCUGAUAAUUUGGUUAAUUUGACGACAGAAUUCGAAUUGUGA